AUGAACGAGCUGGAGAGGACAAGCCAGGAUGAGAGCCCACCGUAUCCCAAAUCCGAGACGCCGUAUUCGCCAUCCACUCCAGAGAUUGUCGACCAUGAGGCACUUGGCAUUGACUUCGCCGAAGUAGGCGUUUCCGGACCCGAUGGGGACACCCGGGCGCGAGUUGCCGACAACGGCAUGAUCGACAUGUGGCUGACAGUCGACGUGGAUAAGCCUCUGCCCCAGUUGCCUCUACUGGCACCACCACGACGUGUUCGUCCCCUUUCAGUCAACGUUACGGACUGUCCUCGUCUCAACAUUGUCAUCUUCGUCGUCGGAUCCCGAGGUGACGUUCAGCCAUAUCUGGCUCUCGCGAUCCGGCUUAUUCAAGCGAACGGACAUCGGGUGCGCCUCGCAACCCACAGUGCAUUCAAGGACCUCGUGCUUGCAGGUAAUGAACAUCUGCGCGACACCAAGUAUGGCGACCUCACAGGCCACCUUGAGUUCUUUGACGUCGGCGGUGAUCCCAAGGAGCUCAUGGCGUUCAUGGUGAAGAACCCAGGUCUCAUGCCCGGGUUCGAGUCGCUAACUAACGGCGACAUCUCCUCCAAACGUCGCAUGGUCGGCGUGAUGCUCAAUGGCUUUGCUCGGUCCUGUUCCGAACCAGACCAGGCGAGCAACGUACCGUUUGCAGCCGACGUCAUCAUCAGCAAUCCGCCGUCGUUUGCACACGUUCAUGUGGCGGAGGCACUCGGUCUGCCACUCAUUAUCUCCUUUACCAUGCCGUGGUCGCCCACGUCACGCUUUCCCCAUCCGCUCGCCAACGUGCAGCGCUCAAAUGCUGGCGAGAGCGUUACCAACUACUUGAGCUACGCCCUUGCAGACACUUUAAUGUGGCAGGGGCUGGGUGACAUUGUCAAUCGUUUCCGCGUGAGGUUGGGGAUCAGUCCGUUGUCCGCUCUUACGGGUCCAAUGUCCACCGAACGUCUCCGCGUGCCCGUAAUCUACGGGUGGAGUCCAAGCCUGCUUCCUAAACCAGACGAAUGGCGGGACAACAUUGACGUCGUGGGGUUCCUCACUAUGCCAACAACAGUGUCUUAUACUCCAGACGAGAAGCUGAGGGCUUUCCUGGCUGAAGGGCCGCCGCCAAUCUACAUCGGCUUUGGGAGUAUCGUUGUCAAGAACCCUGAUGCGCUCACACAUACAAUCCUCGAGGCAGUCAAGAGCACAGGGGUACGCGCACUCUUGAGCGCAGGAUGGAGUGACCUCGGAGGUCUUGACAUUCCUGAAUCCGUGUUCGUCAUCAAAAGUGACAUACCCCACGACUGGCUGUUUGCCGACGGACGCGUGGCAGCAGUUUGUCACCAUGGUGGAGCAGGGACGACAGCAGCUGGGCUGCGAGCUGGUCUACCAACAAUCGUUGUGCCGUUCUUUGGAGACCAGCUCUUUUGGGGCAAUGCAGUCGCCGCGGCGGGCGCGGGUCCUCUGCCGAUCCCGUACAAGAAGCUCACCGCCGACGCGUUAGCCAAUGGCAUUCAAGUUGCGCUCUCCAACCCCGCGAGGUUGGCAGCUGGAGCCAUCGGCGAGUCCAUCCGCGCUGAAGACGGCACGCAGGCUGGGGUUUCCAGCGUUCACCGCCUGCUGCCCCUCGAAGCAAUGCGAUGUGACGUCGACGCAAGCCGCGCCGCGCAGUGGUGGUGCAAGAAGCAUUGGAUACGGUUGUCCAAUGUGGUGGCAGGCGUCAUGGUUAGUAGGAAAGUGCUCAAGUGGGACGACCUGCGACCACUCCGUGUCAUGGAGUACGAGACCGGGCGCGUAUUCACGGAACCCGUCACGGCAAUGUCAGACUCGUUGCUUUCUAUAACAGCGACUGGGAUGAUCGGUACUGCUCAGCUCUUGAGCAAGCGACCACACAAGGGGCUAAAGAAGCUUACAUGGGGCCUUCUAAAAGGAGGUGGCGACGUGACAAACGCGCUGUACCAAGGCGUCGACAACUUGUCAGGGAUGAUGGGCACACGGGUACGCCCACGCGCACUUGUUUCGGGGUUCGGAGAAGGGGUGUGGGAGGGGUCCAAGGGGCUAAUGUACGGCCUGAUGGACGGAGUGACCGGCCUCGUCACUGAACCGAUAGACGGGUACCAACGAUCAGGCAUCGGCGGGGCGGUCGCAGGCUUUGGGCGGGGGCUUGGCAACCUGUACUGCCGGCCAAUGACAGGCAUGCUUGGCGUUAUCGUCCUCCCAACCCAAGGGGCGUACCGCAGCAUCCGCACGGCCAAAAAGAAGGGCGGGCCACUCACACCUGCACGACGUGCAGAGAGCGAGAACGCUGCGGCCGCAUUGACUUCUGAUGAGGCUGGACGUCUUGUCGUGUCCUUCUUGGACGCGACCCAGUUCGAGCGCACCAAGGUCCGCCGCGACGCCGAGCGGCUGAGGCAGAAGGAGCUCGCAAUUGCAAACGCGCAUGAUGACCUGACACCGGAAGAGAUGCGGGAGAUGGCGACUCGAGACUGGUGGAAGCAGGCCAUUCCCCCACCAAGACCAGAGCGCCACUCUCGCACACUCAGCAUGUCGGAGGAACCCUCUGGAAAGUAUCUCACGCUUCUCGACCAGAAGGUUGACGCGCUGAAAGGUGACAACCUUUGCGCAGACCUGAAGGCUAGUGAAUCAAAACUCCCAAGCCCUGUGCCUCCUCCCCUACCACCUCGCAAGAAAGUGUAG